GAAAAUAAAAAUUUUUAUCUCUCUCUCUUUUCUCUCUCUAAAAUCCCUCUGAAGUCUGAGUAAAGUUCUUCUCUUUCUGUUUCGAAGCCCUUCAUUCUCUCUGUCUGGGGAAGACCCAGAUCGCGUUUGGCUAGAAUUGGUGGCGAUAGAGAAAGUUAUUAAUGGCCCCAGCAAAGAAAUCUAAAAGUAUCAACAAACGAUAUUCAAGUAUACAGGAAGUCUCUCCUGAUAAAGAUGCUGACAAUCCAAGCAAAAGUAAACAACGGAAGAAAUUGUCAGACAAGUUAGGUUCUCAAUGGAGCAAGGCAGAACUGGAGCGUUUUUAUGAAGCAUAUCGAAAGUAUGGAAAAGAUUGGAAGAAGGUUGCUUCUGUACUGCAUAAUAGAUCAAUCGAAAUGGUGGAGGCCCUUUACAACAUGAACCGGGCAUAUCUAUCACUGCCAGAGGGAACGGCUUCUGUGGUUGGCCUUAUUGCGAUGAUGACAGAUCACUAUAAUGUCCUGGAGGGAAGUGAUAGUGAAAGAGAGAGCAAUGAUGCUUCUCAAAUACCUCGGCGAGCUCAAAACCGCAAACGGCCAAGGGUUCAGCUUAAUUCUCCUAAAGAGGAUAGCUUUCACCAUCCAUCAAUAGCGUCAAGUGAGGGAUGUCUAUCCUUAUUGAAAAGGACUGGCCUCAAUGAUACUCAUCCUCGUGCGGUGAGGAAAAGGACACCUCGGGUCCCUGUUUCAAAUUCCCGCAAGAGAGAUGCUAAUGAAAGUUACACUUCACCAAGUAAAAGGAACCGGAAGUCAGAGGUGGAUGCUAAUGAUGAUGUAGUCGCUGCAUUGGCAUUAACGGAGGCUUGGCAAAGGAGAGGCUCUCCUCUAGUUUCUCAGAUGCCAAGAAGUGACCACGCUAAACCCUCACCUAUUCACAGCUGGGAUAGGAUGUUUCCACAAUCAGAGACAUGCAAAGCCAAGCACAGUGAUGCUUUCUCUGAAGAAGGGACUGAAGGUAGCACGGGUGGUAAGGAAAGUGGCGAUGUGCCUUAUGGCAGACAUAGAGCUUCCUUGGUAGAUAUGGAAGGUGUAGGCACUGUGGAAGUUCAUCACAAGGGGAAAAAGUUUUACAAGAAGAAGGUCAAAGUUGAAGAGAUGAGGAACAAUUUAUCUAAUGAUAGUGGUGAAGCAUGUAGUGGCACUGAAGAAUGGCUUAAAGGCAGUGCUCAAAAAGGGAAAGUUGAUAUUGAGGUUUCCAGUGCAAAAGUUGAGCAAUAUUUGCCGCGGAGUCAGAGAAAGAGAACUAAAAAACUUUUCUUUGGAGAUGAAACCCCUGCCCUAGAUGCGCUGAAUACAUUGGCGAGUUUGUCAACCUUAAUGUUGCCAACUUCUACAAUGGAUUCAGAAUCACCUGUUAAAUUUAAGGAAGAUGGAACUGCACUUGAAACAGAUGAGAAAUCAACAAUACCUGAAGCUGCCUCUAUGAGUCACCAUAGACAUAAAAUCAAGCACCUUGGGUUGAGAGAAAAAUCAGUUAAGGUGAUUAAUGCUGUUGAGGAUUCUCCCUCCAGAAAAUCAAAAGUUGAGAGGUACUCCACAACCAAUAAAAAAGCUGCCUCUAAAACAAAACAGCAGCCUGAACUUACCAAUAACACAUGGAAGAGAAAACGAAAAUCCUUUGUGUCAAAGCUGCAGGCACCAAAUGCAGAAGCUCCUGUGCAAUCUCAAUCUAUUAAAUCUGUGGAGAAUAAGGACACAAUUGAAGAAGAGAAUAAACAUAUUCCUAAAGGCAAAAUAAAUGGUCAAGUUUCAGCUCAAUCAAAACAAUGGAAAUCAGUCAGGGUGUCAGAGGGUUCCCCUAUUAAUGUUGGUCAGAGGAAGUCUGGAAUUGACUUAGGGGUAUCAGCUGCAGAAGUUCCUGUGAGGUUAUUAGCAAGAAAGCAUCAAAAUAGGCGUAAGAUGAAUUUAAAGAGAGUUUUGAUCUCAAAGGAGGUCAAGUCUUCUGAGAACAUAUUGAAAAAUCAGCCUAGGAAACAGUCUCCCAUACAACAAGAAAAAUCAUCUCUAAAAAGAAAGCUUUCUUCUUGCUUGUCAUCUGAUAUGGCCCGGAGAUGGUGUAGUUUUGAGUGGUUUUAUAGUGCAAUUGACUAUCCUUGGUUUGCGAAGAAGGAGUUUGUUGAAUACUUAAAUCAUGUGGGAUUGGGGCAUAUUCCAAGGCUUACUCGUGUUGAGUGGGGUGUCAUAAGAAGUUCCCUUGGCAAACCCCGGAGGUUCUCUGAACGCUUUUUACUUGAAGAAAGGGAGAAGCUUAAACAAUACAGAGAAUCUGUCAGAAAGCAUUAUACAGAACUUCGCACUGGUGUCAGGGAAGGACUUCCAACAGACCUGGCACGCCCUUUAUCAGUUGGGCAAAGGGUGAUUGCAAUUGAUCCCAAAACAAGGGAAGUUCAUGAUGGGAAAGUGCUUACAGUUGAUCAUGAUAGAUGCAGGGUUCAGUUUGACUGUCCUGAAAUAGGAGUUAAAUUUGUCAUGGAUGUUGACUGUAUGCCAUUAAAUCCACUGGAUAACAUGCCAGAAGCUCUUAGGAGACAGAACCUUUCUAUUGAUAAGUACUCUUUGACCUCUAAUGAGUCUCGAGUUAAUGGUCAUUCAAAUCUUUUUGGAUCCAUCUUUUUCGCUCCAAGUGGACAUCUUGAGAAUGGAACCAGCCCCUUUAAUGCUACAGUAAUGCAAGCAAAGCUGGAUACAAACCAUAAUAAUCUUCAAGCAAAGGCAGCAACUUAUGGCCAACCUUUUACCAUGGCACAUAUCCAAGGGAGGGAUGCUGAUAUAAAUGCUAUUUCUGAGUUGAAUCAUGCCCUUCAUAAAAAGGAAACAUUAUUGAUGGAGCUAAGAAACACAAACAAUGACAUAAGGGAUAACCACAAUGAUCUAGAAAGCAUUUUGAAAGACUCUGAACAUUUCAAGAAGCAUAUUGCCACGGUACUUGUACAGCUAAGGGAAGCCAAUGACCAGGCUUCUUCAGCUUUACUUCAUCUGAGGCAACGAAACACUUAUCCAGCAAACUGCCUGCCUCCAUGGUUUAAUCCCCAAGUUAUUUCCAAUUUCUCAAAUGGGUUGGCAAGACCUGUUGAUUCUCUAGUCCCACAGGAAUUAGGACCUGAUAUUAUUGAAAUUAUCAAGGGCUCAAGACUAAAAGCACAUGCAAUGGUGGAUGCUUCUAUCAAGGCAAUCUCUUCUGUGAAGGAAGGGGAAGAUCCAUAUACUAGGAUUGGAGAAGCUUUGGACUCUGUAGAUAAACAGCAAUUAACAUCAGAUGCUAGGAUGCCAGUGGUCAAGCCUACAGAACAGGUCAAUGGCAUUCAACAUCAGCAAAAUCGUUUAAUUUCCAACAUGUCAGAGUUAACAUUUGCUGGUGCAUCUGAUCCCAAAUUGCAGGAGGCUUCAGAAAAAGGCGAGGAACAAAUUCCUUCAGAGCUUAUCAAAUCAUGUGUUGCCACUUUACUCAUGAUACAAUCAUGUACAGAACGACAAUACCCGCCAACAGAUGUGGCUCAAAUAAUUGAUUCUGCUGUUACAAGCCUGCAUCCAUGCUGUCCUCAGAACCUGCCUAUCUACAGAGAGAUACAAAUGUGCAUGGGCAGAAUAAAGACUCAGAUAUUAGCUCUAAUACCAACUUAAAUCGGAUGUCUCAUGUUCUGUCCCUCUUGCCAGUCAUAUGUACAUAUGAUGCCAGAACCAUGGUUCCACGGCAUCUCUUGAUCUGCUAACUCAUAUCGCCCUCACUGCAUCAUUCCUGGAUCCUCAAAGGGAGGUUGGCAAUCUCAUUUUGCUGUUAUUAUUCUAAUUUUUGUUUCUAAUCUUGCUAGCCAAGUGUUGUAAUUUCAUUUGGUCAUCCUUAAAUGAAUAGAUAAUAAAGUUCAUCCUCACUAGGGAGAACAACUUCAUUAAUUAGCAUCUGUAUAUAUACAAGUUCACCACAUUGAUUAUUACUCUCUUAUUAUGAGCAUAUGCAAGUCCAGUAGUUUCCCCCUUCUUUUCUUUCCCCAGUUGAGCUACAUAUUAGAAUGAAAGGAUGCUUGGUAC